AUGCCCGGGCAAGAGGCGGUGGUGACUCCCCGGGGCGCUGGAGCUGCCCUGGCUGCGGGGCCGGAGGGCCGAGGCAGGAGCACUGGCACCACACCGGUACAGAAGGCCAAACACAGCCAGCGUGCUCAGGAGCUGCGCAACUUCAUCGCCCUGCAAGAGCAAGGGAGGAAGCUGCUCACACAGAUGUGUGAGGAGAAGCUCCGCCAGAGGAGAGAGCUGCUCCCCGGCUUGCGUGAGGCGCUGCAGGACGACGCCCAUGCCCUGGCUGUGCUCCAGAAGAGCAAGAACCUCCCCAGCUUCGGGGCUCAUGGAUCGCAGAAUCUCCUGGACGUGGCUUUGGCCAGGAAGACGGUGGAGGAGGCCGAGGAGAUGCUCCAGGCCCAAAUCCAUCACCUGGUGAGGAAAAGUGACCUGGUGCUGCACGAGGUGAGGCAGCAGAGCCAAGCCUGGGACGAGCUGCAGAGGUGGCUGCAGCAGCUGCAGGAUGCCACCAAGGAGGACAAGCGGCUGCAGGCUCAGGGGAAGGUGAUUCGCCAGCUGCAAAACAAGACUGGGAAGAUGGUCACCAAAGUCCAAGCUGGACAGAGGGUGACCAGACACUACCUCACCACGCGGGAGGCCUUGAAGAGGGUGGGACACCGUCCCAGAUCGGUGAGGGCUGUCACAGCGCGGGGUGACGUGCUCUGGCGCCGUGUGUCCCAGGAGCUGGCCCACCUGCCUGCGCACCUGGAUGUGCUGUCUGAGAUUGCAGGGCUGUACCACGGGGAGCUGCAGGACACGGAAGUCUUGGCCUUGCAUGCCUGUAAAGCUGCGGGUGUCACCCAGGAGGCCUUGGACAGGAUGGAAACAGAGGUAUUUAUGGAGAGUGAGUUCAGGCAGCGCUCCCUGGCCGCCAAGAAGUUGCCAGGCACCAGACAGUGGCUCAAGGAAGCAAGAGAGAAGCGACGCAGAGGGACCAGCUUGGGCUUCCUGAACCAGGAGGAGGAGGGGGACUCGCUGGAUGCAGUCAAACUGGAGGCCGCCAAGUCCAAGAUGCAGAGCGAGGCCCUGUGGAAUGAGAAGAUGGGGCGGGCCAAGGCUGCACUGCAGUGCUCCCACCCCUGGGACGUCUCCAGCGGGCUCCUGAUGCAGCAGACGCUGUCUACGGGCAUGGAGCACAUCAUCACGCAUUCCCCGUGCAGAUGGAUGGAUGUGGAUGUGUUUGGCUGCAGGGGGCUGGAGGAGGAGCUGCAGGCAAACCUGCAGCAGGAAGAGGCUCGGCUGGAGCACAUGCGGUCCCAGGUGCUGAGGAACCAGGAGGUCCAGCUCCAGUUUACAGUGGGCACUGACAGCCUCUUGGCCUCUCUGCAUGGCAUCACUGUGGACGGCCAGGACAGUCCGGUCAAAACUAUGGGGGUGGAGGAGAAGCUCCAGCACUGUGGGCAGAAGCUGCAGUACCUGGUGCAGCAGGUGGCCACCUCAACCCCUCCCAGCCAAAGCCCCAACGAGGAGAAAAAGACUUUGGUGAAGAUCCAGAAAUUGCUGGAGAAAACAGCCGUGACUGAGGGGAAGAACCUGAGGAUUUCCUUGGAGGGGACAGAUGAUGGGGCCCACCAAGAUUAUUCAGACCGAGACUCCCUUCCUCUCCUCACCCGGGAAGACAUCAAGAAUCAGGGGCUUCUCCUGAUAGAAAGCAAGACGAGAAAGAGGAAGAAGUAG